GGACCCUUCUUAAUUGUCUUAGAAGGAAAAGCAACAUAGGCUACCUUUACUAGAUCUUUACUAUUGUGAUAGUGGCUCACACCUAUUCUUUAAAAACUCUCCCUAGAAGUGUAUAUAUUGUUAAUGAGUUCUGCCCCUAACCUAGAGAAGCUUGUAGGCACUUCGAUCUGCGAAAAGCUUCUGGCAAAAUCUGGAGGUCUAGUUGGGAUUGCGAAGCUCAGCGACAGCGCAUUGCGUCACCUUGGUCUGGAGGAGUUCCACAACGCAGAAGAUGCUGCAAGGGCUAGGCAGCUAUUGGGUGGUUUUAUGGUCGACGCGCCUAUUUUUGUGAAGCACUUCUCUGACACCGAAGUGACAGCGGACUGCCUCAAGGGAGCUCGGAAAGCACUCGCCUUGCUCAGCCGAAAGUGUGUACUAGCAGUGAAGACAGAUCUUUCUGGUGGCUCCCCGGAUGGUGCUAUGGGCGCAGCGGAGCUUGAAAAGCUAGAGGCAGCCUUUGAAAGGCUCCUGAAGGAAGGAAAAGUUGGAGCUGUAGAUACGCAGGCGCUUCCAGUACCCGAAAUACACAAGCGCGGCGAGCCUCCUAAGCGGAAGCGUGGCGGUGUGAGAGAACAUAAGAAGCGUGAAAGUCAAAAGGAUGUAUCAGGCGUCAUUGAGCGUGCGUUUUCACGGAUAAAAAUGGGCAUUAGUGAGGAGGUGCAGCGUGAGGAGAGGCUCCAAAAUGCAGAGCUACGAACUACCUUCAUGAAGGAGCAGGAGAAGCAGCUCGAAAAGGAAUCUCGAAAACGACCACGUGCCAACCAUAGUGACAGCGACGAUGAGUAUGCUGAUCUUUUUGGUAUUGCGUUGUGA